AUGAAGCCAGUAUUCCCAUCGCCUACAAAGACUUGGCACAACGAUGUCUAUCCUGCUAUCGACCCUACUCUACCUAAAAACAGCCACGCAGGUCAAACGGUUAUUAUCACCGGCGCAGGCAGUGGUAUCGGCCGUGAAACAGCGGUUGCAUUUGCCGCUGCGGGAACAAAGCACCUUGUGCUCAUAGGCCGUUCUGAAUCGACACUCGCCGACACGGAAAGUCUUCUUCCAGGGAACCCCAAAUGCUCAAUCUUCCAGGCCGACAUCACCGAUGAGGCCGCGAUGGAGAAAGUCGCAAAGACCGUCGGCAACUGGGAUGUGUUGAUCCUCAACGCAGGAUACAUCUCGACUCCGUCGCCUGUAGCUAACGCCCGUCUGGACGACUACUGGAAGAACUAUGAGACGAAUGUCAAGUCAAUCAUCAUCGCCGCAAAAGCGUUCUUUCCUACGGCCAAUGCCAAACGCGCUGUGGUACUGGGCAACACUGCUGGUGCAAUUGCCCUGCCAACGAAACAGGUUGUUGGACUGUCGGGAUACCUAACCUCGAAACUAGCACAGAUCAAAACGCUGGAAUUCUUGGCGGCUGAGAACCCAAAGAUGUUUGCAUGCAGCGUCCAUCCAGGCAUGAUAGAGACCGACAUCUUCUUGAAGUCGGGCGCUACCCCGGACAUGUUGCCCAUGGAUACAGUCCAGCUCCCGGCUCAUUUCAUGGUGUGGCUGUCGACACCCCAUGCGCAAUUCUUGAACGGAAAGUUCGUCUGGGCCAACUGGGAUGUUGAGGAACUCCAGUCUCAGGCGAAAGAGAUCGAGUCCAGCGACAAAAUGAGUGUAACUUUCCAGGGCUGGCCAUUUGCGAACAUGGGAUGA